UCGUCAAUAGGUUGUUUAGGUGUAACAUUUUCUUUUUGUUUUUUAAGGGCGAGGCAUGGAGGCGUAUUAGGCUAAUUAACUACAAUUAGUAAAAGUAUAGUUGAUCAAAAUGAGUGAAACUUCGGGUACAGAAGAUAUAUCGUCUCCUAUUAGUCAUUCAAAAAAAAGCGAAGAAAUAUCCUGGAAGGAGAAAUGUGAAGAGACGGAAGAAAAAUUACGAAAAUUAAGAUUACUUUCGCAAAAAGUUAUUAGUGACUAUGAAGGACUUGAGAAAAGAUACCAUGCAAGCGUGAAACAGUACGAAGUUUUGAAGAAGAAUUACAAAGAAAAGGAACAACUCGUGCAGAAGUUUGAAGAAGGUGUCGAACAAGCUUGGAAAGAACAUGAAACACUGAAGAACCAGCUUGAUGUUCAGACAGAAGCCAGCAAUGAAGUGAUAAAAAGAGCUUCAAAGUGGUACAGAGAAAAUAGAUCUCUGAAACGAAAAUCCACGCUGUUGAUGCAGAAAGUGAUGGACUUGGGCACAGUAGAUAUUCAAGAGAUGGCUUCUUUGGAUACAACUAGUGCUGUGGGAGCAGUAGACGAAGAAGAUGAAGAUAAAGAGUUAUUGAAGUCUAAUAUAAGCAAACUUACAGAAGAAGUAGCAUCUUUACGAACGGAGCUGAAAAAUGCUAAGAUGAAGGAACUGGACUUGACAGAAGCAGUUCAAUCUUUAACUGGAAAGUAUGAAUACGAAAAACAAGCCCGUAAUGAAAUAUCAGCAGAGUUAAAAUCACUUAAGUCCACUUUAGAUCAGUUCAAGAAAGUGUCUGUUCUAGCUGCAGAGGAGUUUGUAUCAAUAAAGCAGCUCUAUCAAGAGGAAUCCGAGAAAGCUAGAAUAGCCGACAGUCGAGCCAAAAAAACCCAACGAGAAAGGAAUGCUUUGGUUAGACAGAGUGCAGUGUUGUUGGAUGAGAAUUCUGAUAACUCAAAACUGAUGAAAGCAAUGGACGAGAUAGUACAACUUAACCAAGAACUUGAAAAAGAAAGACAAAAAAAUGAAGACAUGUUUAACAAUUUGAGAAUGGAAAUAAGAGAGGAAGUCGAGGAAGAACUGACUAGUCCUUGGAAAGAGAAGCUGAAAAUCCUAGAACAUUGUGUGGAAAAAGCGGAACAGAGAACUUAUACAGCCGAACGUAAAAUAGAAAUUCUUCAGCACAGAGUGCAGGAAUUAGAAUGUCAGUUGCAGCGUAGAGAAGCGGGGAUACCACCUUUACCCCCGCCUCCACCACCUCCUCCUCCUCCGCCCCCUCAAGGGUUCAGUCCACUAAAGUCCUUGAUGUCAUUGAUUGGUUCUGGUAAAAAAUCAACCCUCAAGCCUUCUGCUCCCAAGAAAGAGAAAGUGAAUCCACAACAGAAUGCUAUGUUGGAGAUGAUUGAAUGCAUCAAGAAAGGGAACAUACAGCUAAAACCCACACAGAAGGUCCUUUCCGACUCCAAAUCAUCAGCUAUGGAUGAAAUGUUCUCUCUGGUGGGUAAACUUAAGAAAAAUUCUACUCCAGAGAGCUCAAGGUCUCAUUCUCCUGAUAGCGUUGAUGGGGAAUUGUUCCGAGCUUUUGAACAAAGACGUUACAAGUCACCAUCCCCAGAGAAAAUAAUGUCCACUGUGGGUAAAAAAGUGAAAAAAGUUGAAGAUGAACUAGACUCUGUCUUUAAAAAGAAAGGAUUGAAAUCUGAUCUUAAUGAAACUGAUCAGACCCAGUCAGAAAAGGAUGACAAGGGAAGAAUGGUUGAGAAGCCAAUAUCUGAUGCCAUUUCAGUUGUUUCUGAUUCUUCGUCUGCUGUAGAUGACAGUAUUGUUGGCAAGGAUAGCUCAGGAAGUUCGAGGCGGGAUACCGAAGUUUCAGAAAGUGACAUGAUUAGUCAGCAUCAAAUUACCGUUGUCUCUAGUGAUAACUUGAAAUCUCAAGAAGAGGAUACUGUUGUGUCUAAUGGUGAUGCAGAAAGUCGAGGUCAGAAAACCAACAUGUGUGAUUAUGAUUCAGGAGGUAAGGGUACCGUAGUUUGUGAUGAUGGUUCAGAAGGUCAGGAUACCAUAAGCUCUGAUGGUGAUUUAAAAAAUCAGAAAAUUGUAGAAUCAGAGAAUGGUUCAGGAGGUCAAAACACCAUAGCGUCUGAAGAUCAUUUAGGUGGCCAAAGCACUAUAGGUUGUGAUGAUGGUCCAGAAGACCAGAGCACCAUAUGUUCUGAUGAUGGCCCAGGAGGCCAGAGUACCAUGGUGUCUGAUGAUGGCCCAGGAGGCCAGAGUACCACGGUGUCUGAUGAUGGCCCAGGAGGCCAGAGUACCACGGUGUCUGAUGAUGGCCCAGGAAGCCAGAGUACCAUGGUGUCUGAUGAUGGUACAGGAGGCCAGAACACCAUGAUAUCUGAAGAUCAUUCAGGUGACAAGAGUGCCAUGGUGUCUGAUGAUGGUCCAAGAGGCCAGAGUACCAUGGCAUCUGAGAAUGGUCCAGCAGAUCAGAACACCGUAGACCUUGAGGAUGGUUCAGGAGGAAGUAGAAAAAAUACUAUUACAGAAGAUGCACAGGAGCAAGAGGCUGGAGAAACAGUUAGAGAAGAUAAUAAUGAUGCAGGAAAUACACGGGAUACAGCUGUAAGUAGGGCACCAGAGGAAGAGGAAGAUGGUAUUAUUCCAGAGGGUAGGUAAUUGUGAAGAUAAAACGUACAUCAUUAUUUACUAGGCAAUGAAAAAUUGAAGUUAAUGGAAGCAGGAAUGCAUGAUAUUGAAAUGUGUCCAUAGAAAGUUUAGAUGUGUCAAAGGACCUUUAUUAUGUCACUAGCAUAAAAGAAAUUUGAAUCAUUGUAUCUGAAACAGUUUUCAACAGUAUUUGGAUAGUUACAUGUACUAGCAACACAAUGAAAUGACCAAAGAAACGCAUCUUAACACAUGAAGUAACGAAGCAAAAGAAAAAGUUCCAUUAAUUUGAUAUCGUAAAGUAUAUUUUUAUAAGCUAUUUUUAUGCAUAAAUUAAGUGGUAUCUUUGUUUGAGUAAAACAAACUCCGCAACUCUUUAGUUCUGGAAAGAAAAAACAAGUAUAAUUUGUAUUUGAUUUUGCAAAACCUGUUUUGGUACAUGGAACGUUUUAUUAGCACCGAUCAAGCAAACCCAUGUAUAGAUUGUUAUAUUAUUUACGAAACAAAAAAUAAUAAAUACAAUUUAAAACUUAGCAAGAAAGUGAUAAAAUAGAAUAGUUACAUAUAGUUAAAAUCAAGUAUAAAAUAAACAGUUUUAUAUGUAAAGCUCUGGUAUGUGAGGUGUUUAUAUAUACCUUAAUUAUAAGUGGAGUGCCCAAAGUACAUGCAUGUUAACUCCAUCUUUGGUUUGUUUCUUCUUGUUUGGAAGUUGCAAAUAUAUUAUUGUGCCCAAUAUUAUAUAUAUGACUAUGCAUAGAUAGCACAUAUGUAGAUAUUAUAUGAAGAUUUAUCUAUUUUUAAAAAUGCAUUAGCUUUACAUGCUGUUUAAGAGUGAUUAAUAUACUGGUCAAAACAAGAGGUGUAAUCUCAAAUUUUCCUGAUUACUUUGAGUUUUGUUUAAUUAAGAAGAUCUUUGAUUUUGGUAGUACAUUGUUGGACUCCUGCUUUGACUUUUGUAUGCCAUAUACUGUACUGGUUGAGUUUUUACUGUUGUUUUUCAUUUAAAUUAAGAUUUUAUUUUAAGCAGUCCAACACUAGACGUCUGGACCCCUUGAUUUUAGGUAACCAUUUGUUCUGAAACUUUGAGUUUUAAAAAUGUUUGACAUGUUGUACUUGCAGUAGUGGUUUUUGCUCCCGUGUUAAGCAUAAAGAUGUUGUUUUAUACUAUUUGUUAAAACUACAAAAACAAAGGUUAACAUAAGCUAUGAUUAGAAUGCUUAAAACAACAGACAAUUUUUAAAAUAAAUUAAUAAUGUAAAAAAUUUUAAAAAAGGAGCCACCAGAUCGAACUUCGGUCCAUUGAAGGAAUGAAGAAAUAUUUGUUAGUAGAGUAAAAUGUUCCUUCAGCUAGCUAAUGAAAGGAAAGUAAGUACGUAGUAAAAAAGGUUUUUUUUUUCUGUAAAGUAUUUAGUUGUAGCAGGUAAUGAAAACGUGAAUUUGAAAGCAAUUUUGGUUAGCUUAGUAAUAAAAGAUUUGGUUGGCAUAGUGAUACAAAAUGCAUAAUUUUUAAGAUAUAAUUUUCUGGAACGCCCAUGUUUUACAAGAGUACUUUUAUCAGGACACCAUUUGUUACUGUUGUGUUUGGCGUUUUCUUUGUUAUUUUCACUUAGUUUAUUUUAUGGAUACCGUUUAAAUAUACUUGGCAUUUGUUUUUUGUGUUAAGAUUAUGCCAUGAUGAGCUGGAGUCCCAUAACAGGAUAAAUAUUUUUUUUGUCUGUUUCUUUUCAAUUCCCUUUGUAAUGAGAGUGAAAUCCAAAUUUUGAAUUAUUUUUUUCAAGACACAUUUGUAGCUGAAUGUUCUUUGUUUUUGACAUCUUUGUAGUGAAACCAGUUUGGUUGUCCCAUCUUUUGAUUGGACUAACUAUUGAUGUGGUUUCUGAUUGGCCUAAAAGUAGAACAUGGAGAAAUCAGGAUAAUGUUGUCACUCCCUGGGGGGUCCUAAUGGUAUAUACCAGGUUUGAUGACAAUCUGCCCAGUGGUUUGCCAGUUAUAAGCGGAUACAUUUUAUACAAAUCUGGUACAGUCUGUAGUAAAUACCAGUAGGUUAACGUUUAUUGUCAAGAACAUGGUAUUUAUCAGUUCCUAAAUUGUUUUGAAUAUUUAUUAUUCUAUAAGUGAAUUUUAUUUUUAAUUCAUCGAGUAUCAUAUUUUUUUCUAUAUUAAUCUUCGUUAUUACAGUAAAUAGGUUUUCAAUUAACUAAUGAAAGACAGAUGGUUAUAAUAGAAAGGAUUUAUUGCUGGUUGAUCAUUAAGGAUAUGAUGAUUGAUGAAAGCUUUUAGUGCUUGUGAUAAAACAUCUCAUUAUUAGGAUGAAUUUUUUUUAAGGAACUAGUUCUAUGAUGAUUGAACUAAUAAAUAUCAAGUAUUAAGAUUACGGAAAGCAAACAGUUCUUGUCGUGUCACAAUGUAGAAUUACUAGUAAAUAUCGGAUACGAGUUAGGCUUAGUUAUUUUAUGUAGACUAUUCUUACGUAGUAAACCGAAUUUUUAGAACUAGUUUAAAGAAGAUUGAAUUUCUAAGAGAGUAUAAUUGUUAAAAUAAAUUCAACCAAAGAUCGUGUUUAUAAGGAUAAUGUAUUUGUUUUGAAAAAUAAUAAAUGAAUUCUUUCAGUGA